AGUGUCAUGGCGGUUCAGUGAAAAACAUAAACAAACCCUGUGAGACGUUUUUUAUUGCAAUUUUUAUCUUGCGUGAAAAUGUCCAUUAUUGGAGUGAUAAAUACAUCCGUAGAGGAUACUGUGUACUCAGAAGAUAACGUAAAAUUGCAGAUUAAUAAAGCAGAUGUUGGAAAUGGAACACUUUUCGUCACAAAGGAGUAUCUUGCAUGGAAACCGGAAAAUCGAGAGGAGGGUGUAUCAAUACCCUGGCUAAAGAUCACCCUACAUGCCAUCUCUUCAGCUCCAUCGCGGAGUAUCUACAUGAUUUUGGAUUUUGCACUGAAAUGGCCAGGAGUCUUUGAUGCCAAUGGCCAGGCAAAUGGGGGCAAUGAGGCACCAGAAGUUGAAGAAGAUGAGGGCAAUGGGUCAGAUGCUUCCCUGGGAAGUGAUCUUGGUGGCAGUGAAUUGCAUCUACUGCCCCAAAAUCCCAAUGCAGUGGAUCAUAUUUACGAAGCCAUGAAUCACUGCCAAAGACUGCAUCCGGAUCCCAAUGACAGCAUCUCUGAUGAUGAAUUUAUGGAAGCGGAAGAGGACAUGGCCAAUAUUCAGAAUCUCCAUAUUGAUGAUGAGGAACGAUUUGCUGAUGCUGAAGAGAAUUGAACGGCUCUCUCCAGGGAUAUUCCCACCCUUAAGCAUUUUCACUAGAGUUUACAAACUAUCAUUAAUAUCCAAAUAAAGACACUUUCCACAUAAU